GUUUGUUGGCAAAUAGUGUGACGUGAUCAUAUUAGAGGAAGUAGGAGGGUAGUCGCAUACCAUCAACAACCCAGACACUGCAACCCUUGCACUACAUAUGGGGGAGUAUGCCACAACUUCAAUUCAGUUGUUACUUCCGCUUAAUGUCAGGCCCAAUCUCCAAUCCCAAUCUCGCAAUCCACACCGGGGUCAAUAAUUGUUUCGCUACUCUCAGUAAUGCACACCACCUGUUCGACGUAUUGACAUGCAUUUCAAGCACCUCUCCCGUGGCCUAAACCUCAUCAAAACCCUCACCCAUCACCAGACUCGCCCCUACGCUCGCCACCCAUUUCCCAACAAGCUCUCCCACUACCUCUACCGCGCCAAACUCAUCGAUUCCAUUCGUCUCAAGCUCCGCAGCAGUGCCCCAAACUCUCUUGCUCAUUUAGCAAAUGACAGACUCCUGGAUUCUUUUGUGGUCACUCAGGCCCUCCGCUCUGCUCCCUCCGCUGACUCUGCACUCUUGCUUAAUGAAACGCUUGAGUCCAACCCCGACUUCAUGCAUACCCAGAACACGGUUCAUGCGUUGGCUACGGUUCUGGCCAAGUCCGGAAGAGCCGGGGAGCUCAAGUACCUCAUUGAGGCUGUCAAUGCCGGGAGGUUUCGGAACGUUAGGCUGAGUUUUAUGAACCUUAUGCAGUGGCAAGCUGCUGUUGGGGACGUGGAGGCGGUUCUUCAAGUGUGGGAGGAGUAUAGAGGGUCGGAGAAGCGUGUGUGCGCUGAGUCUUAUAACAUUGUCAUGAGGGUUUAUGUGCAAAUGGGGAAGGACUGUGAGGCGGUGCGGGUUUUUUCUAGGAUGAUUGAAGAAGGGGCGCUUCCGAAUUGUAGGACUUAUACGGUGAUGAUUGAGCAUAUGGUGAAUUGUGGGAAGUGGAGGUCUGCAAUGGAGGUUUUUAAGGUGUUGCCUUUUAUGAGGGUGAAGCGCACUUUGAGCCAGUAUUUGCUUUUGGUGGAGGCGUGCGUUGUUGCGAAAAAGUUUGAGGAAGUUAAGGCUUUACUUGAGGAAAUGCGGGUUGAUGGACUGUUGCCUGGCCGAGCCAUGCGUUUAUCGUUGGAACAAAUUCAAGAGGCGGGGUUUAUUGAGGAGACUGAAGAGUUUCUGAGGGAAAUGCUGCCUAAUGAGGGAAUCAAGAGUAUAGGGUAUUGUGAUGAUAGUUGUGAUGAUGAGGAGGAUAGAGAUGACGAGGAUGCUGCUGCUGAUGAUGAUGAUCAUGCUGGCGAAGGUAAAGAGCCUAGUGGGGUUCAGUUAAAACCAUGGUUAGACCCGAGAUCACUGGCAAAUGCGUUGCAAAGUUGGAGCCCUGAUGAGGUAUCAGCAUUAGAGGAGGCAAAAUUCGUGUGGACUACUCGGUUAGUAUGCAAGAUUCUUAGGAGUUUUAAAUCAGCAGAAACGGCUUGGAAAUUCUUUUGUUGGGUUGCUUGUCAGCCAGGUUUUACCCAUGAUAUUUACACAGUUCAAAGGAUGAUGACCCUUUUAGCACGCCAUGGACAUGCUGAAUUGGUUGAUAAACUUUUAUCCAAAUUAAGGAUGGAGCAAAUGAGAUUGCCCUUUUCAACAAUCAGGCUGAUCAUUGACUUUUAUGGUAUCUCGAAGAAUGCUGACGCUGCUCUGAAGGUCUUUCACAAUGAUAGAAACCUGUGUGGCCCUAUAUCAAAUUUCAAUCUGAUGCUUCUGUAUUCAUCUCUAUUACGGACAUUGACCAAAUGCGGGAGGGAUUCUGAUGCAUUGGAUGUACUUGAAGAGAUGAGCUUGAGUGGGAUUUGCCCUGAUAUCCAGACAUUUUCUGGGUUGAUGCAUCAUUUUGCACUAAAUGGGGACAUCAAAACUGUGCAAAAACUAUUUGCAAUGGUUAGGCAGAGUGGAGUCCAGCCAGAUGCUUAUAUGUUUAAAGUACUGAUUCAAGCAUAUUGUAAGUGUGAGAGAGCUGCUCUUGCAUGGAGAGCUUUUGAAGACUUGAGGAAUUUGAAUUUGCUGCCGGACGCUGCCACAAAAGAGUUGCUUGUAAAGAGUCUUUGGAAGGAAGGAAAGCGGAGAGAGGCUGCCGCUGUAGAAGAGAGUUGCGAGGAAACAAGUGAUGUUCUUCCACUCACAUUGCGUGGUCACAUAUGGACGGUUAGCUCUGCUGAUCUCUCAAAAGUUUUUUCUAUUUACUCCAGUAGCUUUACAUCAGCUGGUAAAUAGUAUUUUAGAUUAUUGAAAAGAGCAAUGAUACACUUUGUAGCCAAAUAUUCAAGACAUACGUCUUGAAGUUAGAGCAGUACUUUUUGAAGAUGUUUGUGCUUGUAUUUUUCUGUAAUAUGUACUGGCAUUUUCCCCCUUCAUGGUGGAUUAAAAUGAAAUCAAGUCUAAUGUCUUUUUCUGGAAAUUAA